GCAUCUCAAAGCAUCAGCUUCUCCAGUCAAACUAGAAAAUUUCAAAAACCAUUCAAAAUGUUCAAAAUUGCCAUUGUUGUUCUUGCUGUCGUUGCAUGUGUUUUGGCUUCACCAGCUCCUGAACCAAAUCCACAAUACGUUUAUACAUCAAACUAUGGAUAUCCAGCUGCAUAUUCUUAUGCAAAUGUUGUUCGUGCUGCACCAUACACUUAUGCACGUCUCGGAUAUCCAUAUUACAACACCUAUCCAUAUAAUUCAUAUGCUUACGUUGGUUAAAUGUCAGAAAUGUUCAACUUUAAUUUUCAAAUAAAUAAAAAUUGAACGUUUAGAAGAAAAUAUAAGCUUUUAUUUUUGAAAAAGCUUUUUAAAAGCUUUCGAGCUUUAUGCUUUCGUUAAGUUUUUA